ACAGCUGCAGCCAGGCAGCUCCCUGGCUGGCUGGACUGGUGGUACCAGCCACCAUCCACUGCUCAUCCCUUCCCUUGCCAGCCUCUCUGGAGGGCAGCUCCAGGCCUUAUCGACGGGGCCGGAGAGGAAGACAGUUAUCAGGCUGACCGUCCCCUAACAGCAGCUCGGGCCUGCCUUCUCAGUCUGGCCCGAUACCUGUCUUAUCUCCACUCUGAGUGGUGUAGCCCCACUUCAGGCCUAAAGCAUGCAGUCCCAGGAGAGCGGUGUCCACUACAGCAGGUGGGACAGCAGCAGCCGGGAUGAAAUCAGCAUGACUGCCAUGUCCAGCACAGAGGAGGCCUCAUGCUCUCCAAGGCUCUCCCAGAAGCUGUGCUCGGGCAAGCUGGGGAUCGCCAUGAAGGUCCUGGGUGGAGUGGCCCUCUUCUGGAUCAUCUUCAUCUUGGGCUAUGUCACUGGCUACUACGUGCACAAGUGCAAAUAAAUGCUGCCCCAUUCCCA